GGCGAGGAUGGGCGCGGGGCCCGCCCCCGUGGCGCCUGGAGCAGCGCCGGGCUCCAGGGUCCGCCGGGCCGGGUUCAGGGAGCGGCCAGUGAGGUUCCAGCUUAUAGUCCAUCAUGAGACAAAGUCAGGGCAGGAACUCAAAGGAGGAACCUGGAUCCAAGGACUGAAGGAGAGACCAUGAAGGAAUACUGUUCACUGGAUUGUCUCCGGUGUGUGUGACGGCCAGAAGGGGAGGUUCCCCUGAGAAAAUAUUGACAGAACUCAUGUCUCCUAGCUGCCUAGAGAUUGUCACCCUUGGACGCUGUACGCUGGAAUCCCAGGACUGCCCGUACUCCCUGGCCUUUGCUGCCAUGGCUUCUUAGACCUGGUUGUGCUGACUGAAAAGCCAGCCAUAGGACUGAGAGCAGCCAGCAUGGAAGAAGAGCAGGGGUUCCCAGGAGCUACCAGGGGCUUGCUGCUGACUGGCCCUGCCCUCCAUUGUCCUAGGCAGGGUGCCAAGAAGCUAGAACUUUGUUAUCUGGGCAAUUAGCUUCAGACCCUGGACUGAGGCCGGCCAGGUCUUAGGGCUACUUCCCACAGGCUGUGCACCCUGACCCCAAGAGGGAGGCGAGGCCGUGUGUACAGAGGCCCUGCCAGCUGAACACUUGAGGUGUCAGUCCUGCCUGGGGAACAACUGCGGCCUUCCCCACUUACACACCUUCUAGCCCACCCCAUGCCACACUGCCCUCCCUGACUGGGCUCUGCCCCUUAGGGCAGCUGGGCCUGGUUACAGUGUGGGGCCUCCCUUCUCAGCCUUGCUAGGGAUAGAGGGCACCAAGUCUUACAAAGGGGAUGCCCCCAAGGGUGCCAGUGCAGCCAGCUGCCCCACCCUUCAGGCUUGUCCUGGCCCCCCAAACCCAAAUUGUGGUGCCCCAAAACGCCCUGUGGGCAGACAUCCACCACCAUGGCCGAGCACUUGGAGCUGCUGGCAGAGAUGCCCAUGGUGGGCAGGAUGAGUACCCAGGAGCGGCUGAAGCAUGCCCAGAAGCGACGUGCCCAACAGGUAAAGAUGUGGGCCCAGGCUGAGAAGGAGGCCCAUGGCAAGAAGGGCCAUGGGGAGCAACCAAGGAAGGAGGCGGCUGGCCUCAGGCCUCGGAAGCAUGUCCUCUUCCCUCCCAGCAUUGCCCUUCUGGAGGCUGCUGCUCGAAACGACUUGGAGGAAGUCCGCCAGUUCCUUACCAGUGGGGUUAGCCCCAACCUGGCCAAUGAGGAUGGCUUGACUGCACUGCACCAGUGCUGCAUUGAUGACUUCCAAGAGAUGGCACAGCAGCUCCUGGAAGCUGGGGCUGAUGUCAAUGCUCGAGACAGUGAGUGCUGGACACCGCUUCAUGCUGCGGCUACCUGUGGCCAUCUGCAUCUGGUGGAACUCCUUAUUUCACGUGGUGCAGAUCUCCUUGCAGUAAAUACAGAUGGGAAUAUGCCCUAUGACCUGUGUGAGGAUGAGCAGACACUGGAUUGCCUUGAGACUGCCAUGGCCAAUCGUGGUAUCACCCAGGACAGCAUUGAGGAGGCCCGGGCAGUGCCAGAGCUGUGCAUGUUGAAUGACCUCCAGAACCUCCUGCAUGCUGGGGCCAACCUCAAUGACCCUUUGGAUCAUGGGGCUACUCUGCUGCACAUCGCCGCUGCUAAUGGGUUCAGUGAGGUGGCUACCCUGCUACUGGAGCAAGGAGCCAGCCUGAGCGCUAAGGAUCAUGACGGCUGGGAGCCUCUGCAUGCUGCAGCUUACUGGGGUCAGGUGCACCUGGUAGAAUUGCUUGUGGCACAUGGGGCUGAUCUGAAUGGAAAAUCUCUGGUGGACGAGACACCCCUCGAUGUAUGUGGUGAUGAAGAGGUAAGAGCCAAACUGCUGGAGCUCAAGCACAAGCAAGAUGCACUCCUGCGGGCCCAGGGCCGCCAGCGCUCCCUUCUGCGCCGCCGUACCUCUAGUGCAGGCAGCCGUGGGAAGGUAGUGAGAAGAGUGAGCCUGACACAUCGCACCAACCUGUAUCGAAAGGAGCAUGCCCAGGAGGCCAUUGUGUGGCAACAGCCAGCUCUCACCAGUCAAGAACCUGUAGAGGAUGAAGACAGGCAGACAGACGCCGAGCUCUGGCUCCAGCCCCCAGAGGACGACAGCCCUGAGGUGGCCAGACCGCACAAUGGCCAAGUAGGGGCCCCCCCAGGGAGACACCUGUACUCCAAGCGUCUAGAUCGGAGUGUCUCCUAUCAUCUGGGUCCUGAGGAGAGCGGUGCCCCUGAUGCCCUCGUCCGGGACAAGGCCCACCACACACUGGCAGAACUUAAACGCCAGCGAGCAGCUGCAAAGCUUCAGCGACCUGCCCCUGAAGGGCCUGAGACCUCUGAGCCUGGCCUGUCUGUUGUCACUGAAACCUCCCAGCCUGACUGUGGCUUCAGCACAAGUGGGGACCCACCCCUGCUCAAGCUUACUGCUCCCUCAGAGGAGGCAUCUGUGGAGAAGAGGCCAUGCUGUUUGCUCAUGUGAAAUGUGAUUCCUCAGUAUGGCAGGGUUCAACCCGGUUCCCAGCCAGAGGCUUCCUCAUGACCUCUGGCCUGGUGACCCACUUCAGCACAUACCCCAGUGCUGUAGGGGAGCUGGCACAGAACCCCAUCCCCCUCCCAGCCCAGGACACUGGCCACCUUGCUCAGGGAUGGACUAUGCAGAGCUCUACCUAUGGGCCUCAGGCCACAGACUGCUUAUUUUGUGACUCUUGAUAAAGGCUGUUUGCCACUGAGCCUUC